AUGCAAGGGACAUUAGUCUUCGUUCUAUUGGUAUCGAUUAUCAGUGUAGUUCAAUCACAAACAUGGGAAGGCAAUUAUACAACCGAUUCGUCCUGUGAUACAACCAGCUGUUGUUGUCUGAGCGGCAAAGUAAUCGUAGCUUCUGGUGCGCCGAACGCUUAUGCAGUGGUUUCUGGUGUCAAUGGUGUAUGUGGUGGCCAAACAAUAUUCACAGGCAUCGCUUAUACAAAUGGAUACUCCGGUUGGAUGGUUGUUGGUUCUACCAAUGACACACUUACACUGAGUAGUGACAGUCAAACUGUUACUGUAGUCAAUCCUAUCAAUUCAGCUUGUAACGGUCGUGGAACGAAGAGUGCUGCCAUGAAAGAGCAUGGCAAUAUGAGCAUGUUGUUUGGUAUCUUAAUCCUGCUUACGAUGGCCUGGAACUACCGUAAAUGA